ACUCAAGUGACUCUGAGUUGUAAUAAUAAGGCGGCGCUGUUUAUCCAAAGAGAAGGGGCUGGACAUAAUCUGAAUUCAGAGCCAAACUUUUCUUUUCUUCCAUUUGCUUCUCUUCACCAAACAUCCAGGAGUCUAACACGAACCGCAGCGUCGAGCGAGCAAGGUCAACAGCAGUGGCCGCCCCGCGAGCUGUGAGAGAGGCACCGGCCCGCCGCGGAUCCCGGUAGUUUGCGGAGAGAACCUAUCUUGAGUUGUAGCGGGAGAGCGAACGGGCUAAACGAACGGAAAGCUGGGGGAAAGUUGAGCUGAACCGAGUGGCACCAUGUUUAAUAAUCCGGGGACGUACGCCAACAAGAAGAGGAAGAAGCCCGUCCUCAAGCAGAAGAAGGUCGCUGACAACAAUGAAGUUGUUAAAUCGAACCCUUCCAAGCGCCACCGGGAUCGGCUGAAUGGGGAGCUGGACCGGCUGAUGGAGCUGCUGCCUUUCCCUGAUGAGGUUCGCUCCCGCCUGGACAAGCUGUCCGUCUUGCGCCUGAGCGUGGGAUACCUCAGGGUCAAGAGCUACUUUAAAGCUUCCAUGAAGAACGGUAGCGGCAGCCGGGUGCCUCUGGGGGUCAACGAGCAGAACAUGGACUCCACUGGCUUCUCUGAAGGAGAGCUGCUGCUGCAGGCGCUCAACGGCUUUGUGUUGGUGGUGACAUCUGAAGGAAUGGUGUUUUACGCCUCCUCUACCAUCAAAGACUACCUGGGCUUCCAUCAGUCAGACGUGGUCCACCAGAGUGUGUUUGAGCUCAUCCACACUGACGACCGAGCCACGUUCAGAGAGCAGCUCCACUUUGCCUUAAACCCUCCUCCACUCGCCUCAGAUGCAGACUUCUCCCAGAACUGUGGAAAUGCAGUGAUGUACAACCCUGAGCAGCUCCCCCCUGACAACUCCUCCUUCCUGGAGAGGAGCUUUGUCUGUCGCUUCCGAUGUCUCUUGGACAACUCCUCCGGCUUCCUGGCCCUGAAGUUCAAUGGGCGCUUGAAGUACCUUCAAGGUCAAAACCUUUCCAGGGACAGUGAGAGCUGUAAAAGUGUCCAGGUAGCUCUGUUUGCCAUCGCUGUGCCUGUCCAGUCUCCGUCAAUUGUGGAGAUCAGAGCCAAAAUGCUCCUCUUCCUGACGAGGCACAAGCUGGAUUUCACACCCUCUGGCGUCGACAGCAGGGGGAAGAUCAUCCUGGGUUAUUCUGAGACGGAGCUGUGCAUGAAAGGCUCAGGCUACCAGUUCAUCCAUGCCGCUGACAUGAUGUACUGCGCUGACAACCACAUCCGCAUGAUAAAAACAGGAGAGAGCGGUCUGACUGUGUUCAGACUGCUCACCAAAUCCAAAGGCUGGAUAUGGGUGAACUCUAACGCCAAGCUCAUCUUCAAAGGAGGGAGACCUGAGUUCAUCAUUGCAUACCAGAAAGCUUUAAGCAACGCUGAGGGAGAGGAGUACCUGCGACAGCGGUGGCUGCAGCUGCCCUUCAGCUGCGCCACGGGAGAGGCCAUUCUCUACAACACUGGGCCCACCAUGGACAUCUCACAGGUCCAGUUUGACAAAAUGUUUGACAGCAGAAAUACCAAGAGGAUCAUGCCCCCCACUUCCCUUCUGGACUGCUUCAUGAGUCAGGAUGAAAGCAUAUACAGCCAGGCGGUGGACACCCCCCUACCUGUGGACGAGGUGUUCAUGGACACCCACGCCCUGGUCGCUGUAGCCAGCAACGAGUGGCAGGAGAAGAACUCGUCAGACAUGCCAGCUGAACCCGUGCUGGUGAAGGAGGAGACCAAGCAGUCAGUGCUGGCUGUAAUCGACAGCCUGGAGAAGCUGACUAACAGCGGAGACUUUGAGGACAUUCUGGAGAACCUGGAGGUGGACGAUUCUGAGAUGAUGGAGAUGGAAAACUGCUUUAAGAGGUUCCACCAGGAAGAGGAUCCUCAGAGAAGUCCUGGCUUGUCGGAUCUGGACAACUUCAUCACCGAUGAGAUAGUAGACUUUAUUGACUCGGUGUUCAAAGAGAGGGCGGGGGAGUGCUUGGACAGCCUCACCUCCAGCUGCCUUACAGAAGUCAAGAAUUUCUCAUCCUCUGAACUGUGUGAGCCACAGCUCUUCCAGACUCCCAACCCCAGUUGUUCUUACUCCUCGGUGAGCAGCUGCUAUGAACACCUAGAUGACUCGGUGGUUUCAAACCAGAGUCUGGUGGAGUCCGCUCCGAUGGGCAGCAGGAGCCACAAACGGUCCCAACCGGGUCACACUGACAGCAGUCUGCCGCCGCUGCAGCAGCUGCAGCUGCAUGACAUCUUCAGCCCGGCUGUAGAUCUCCCAGCGCUCACUGUACCCAACAGCUCAGUGACAGAGGCCUUCCCUUCUACCCAACCCUGCCAGAAGCAGCAGGCAUCCAUCAUGCCAGCCGGAUGUUCUCAGGGCAGUUCUGUUCAGGCCCAGCAGCUCCUGCAGCUGGGAAGCAGCAUGGAGGGACCAGAACUAGCAACUGGCCAGAUCCUGCACAAGUCUGCUCAGCAUCCGAGCAACACAGCACCUGGUGUACAAACUGUCGUGCCACCCACGAUUCCCUAUAGCAACUUCACCUCCAUACGUCCCGGUGGCUGUGAUCCAAAGUUUCUGCAGAAGGGUCUGGUGUGUGAGAACCACAGCGCUCCUGUGCAGCAGUGGCCUCAGAGCCGGCAGCAGCAGCCGCAUGCUGGCAUCAUCCAGAACAGACAUGAGCCCAUGUCCACAUUCCAGAGCCAACAUCCAGGGAGCCAAACAUUCCCUAGUUCUGGCUUCUGUCCAAGCAGCGUCAGCAGACUGAGACACCUGGAGCAAGUGGGUCCGGGGCUAGCCGGCAGCCAGGACGCCCACAGCAGCUGCAUGUUCCAGCAGCGCUUUUCCUCCAACCCAGCAGGGGUAAAACUUUUAUCUCACUAUGGUCCCCCAGACCUCAACGGGGCCAAUGUGACUCUGGAUCAGAGUUCCAGCUACCUACAGUGGAACCACAGUGAGCUUCCAGUGGGCCCGUCAGCCGUCAACCAGGAGAUGGCCAACAUCGCCCCUCUGGCCCCUGGGACGGCCCCUGCAGAGGACUCUUGUAACAUACAGCACUACCUGGACAGCAAUACACAGACACAGCAGAACAGCAGAGUCUCCGCUCAGGCUCCAGGAGUUUUCAUCAACCGUGCUCUCAUGGAGUAGAACGCAGCCUCGCCCAUCGACUCCACGGCGACACAAACUCGGUAUAGCUUGCCUGUAUCAGUGCUUAUCCACAACAACGCAUAUGUUCUAAUAUUAUACAUGUGUUUUAUACUUCUUUGUACAAUUACACAAAUGCUUGUCUCUCUGCUUAUCGGCUGUUGCUUUCGUGAUGAUAUACAGUAGUAACAAUGAAGUAUGAAUUUACAAGUGUGUUUACCAGGAUGCAGAUGGAGCCAACCAAAGAUGUCUUAUAAGGGAAACCUGAGCUCCUGCCAACACAUCUGAACUUGAUGUUUUAUUGCAAUCACUAAAGUUUUUCUAAAAGACUUGGUAAUCUGGGUAAAAAUAUUGAACUGUGCCUUCAAAUGAAUAAGAUAUCAGAUUAAAUCUGUACAUUUUAAAUGAAACUGUCAAACUGGUUGAUGUAAUUGUAUAUUUAUUUGUUUCAUUUUUUUAUGUGCCUUUUUUUUUUUUAGAUUUGUUUGUUACAUCAGAAUGCUUUGGCUCUUGAAACCCCACACAUGCCGAAUGCAUCGGCAUAUGUUCAUCUAUGUGCAGUCUAUAGAAAUGCACUUCUUGGGAAAAUGAUUCAAGAGAUUUUGAGUUUGAACAUAAGCAUCUGGUGCACUCCGCUGCACCAGAUCCCAUCUGGACCCCACUUUAAGUGCCUUCUGGAGUCUCACUAGGUUUAUAAAAGCCUUAUUCACAUUCACCUCCGCAGCAAGCUAACAACCAAAGCUUCCCCUCACACAAGCUUUUAAUUGCAAGCCAUUCAGCUGCUUCUAUAAAACCAGAAAAGACUGAGCAAACAUGCAGCAGAAAGUUCAGCCUCCAGAGUCCAACAUAGCCAUUGAAAUUAUUUCUAAUGAAAGAAUACCUGCUAAUUGAAAGCAUAUGCAGUAGAUGAUUCAGCCCAAAAUAAAUGUAUAACACCAUAUAAUGAUCUGUUUGCAUCUGACCCUAACGCCUUCUGCAGCCACUAUUUACUGUCGGACCUGAACUGACCCUGGUGGUUCUGAAAUGUAAUACCAAACACAACCACUAAGUGUCAGUCACAAACUAGCUUGCAUUUUUCAAAUUGAUGAGAUUGUUGUGCUCAACAUGCUGGAGGAAAUAAUUGCAGUAUAAAAAUAAUCUCGAAGUUUAUAUAAAGCCGUCAGUCCAGUAGGGGGCGCCAGAAUAUCUUUCUUUGAUUUUUCUUAAACUAUAUAUGCCUUUGUUGCUUCACAAGCAUUUCUAAAAUUUCAUAAGUCGUUGUAAAAACUAAGUGCAUCUUGUUUUAAUUCUAAGGCUUUCAUAAAUCAGAACAUGAUAAAAGAGAUGUAGCUGAUAGCAAGUCCUGAGAAUUUUAAAUCUAACUUCAGAUAAAAAUACAGUUUCUACAUUCUGCCUUAAUUUAUUAAAUACAUACAAAAUGGAGGAGCUGUUUGUGAAAAACUAAGAGCGCCCUAUUAUUCAGUAGACUCAACAUUCUCCUUUGGCAGAAAUGAUGCAAUUUAACACCAAGGAUAAAAUCUCACUUUAUUGUUAGCUUGACACAGUUUUAGCCUAGCUGCAGGCAUACAGGCUUACCUCACGAGGAACACUUUGGAACGUAGAGAUUAUAGGAAGUCUAAUGCCUAUUAGAUUGCAAGGUGCCCAGCUUCUGUGACUGCAAUGGAGGCCCAGAUCAUCAGUCCUACACCACUGUGCUUUGCAGGUGGAAGGAGGUGUUGCACUGCUGGGAAUAAUGGUCAAGCACUUAUUUGGCCAUAUGUGUUGAAUGGAAAGCUCUGAAAGUUUGGUGCAUCAUUUAGAUGAAAUUUUGGAGUUCUGUUUAGGGAGAAGAGAACAUCAUCUUCAGCUCUGUUUUACAAGUCAUGCUUUCUCAAUCUUUUCCUCAUUGCUCUCUUUUGAAGUUGAUCAUGCUACCACUAAAGCAUAAAAAGCCUGCGAGGAAGCUCAGACAUUGUCCCAAUGCUUUUGCAUUGAGACAAUGCAAAGGCGUUGUCCCAACUUUUGAAAUUACUUGGAGAUUGACUCCUGGGAGAGAGGCAGGUUUCCAGAAUCAUCUGAAAAACCAUUGCUCUUCAUCCUGUUCCUGAAAAACUGUUGUUUUAAAACCAGGUUGGACCUUUGGAUCAGUAGACUCUGUCAGAUCUGGAGCGGUGCUGUGACCCAGACUGGACACGUGUGAGUCCAUUUUAAAACAUCUACUCUUUGGACUAGAGUAGAAAAUGUUGUGAUCACGCUACAGAGUUCCAGCCCAGGUUUAAAAGAAUAGUAACAAGGUCUUUUGUUCAUCGGAAUGCAAGCUUCCUAAAUGCCCUGUGUGGCUAUGCGGCGUCAGGUUGUUUACAAUAGCUUAAGAGGUAUUGAGACAACGAGCAGAUGAAAUGUGAGACUGGCUCAGACUUGUGAUUCAAACACUGAACUCCAACACAAAGACACACCCAAACUUGUGCCCUGUGCCUUCAGAUAAAUCCCAACUUUCAGCAGAAAUUCCAUGUUGUCGAGGAAACGUUUUGCUUUGUGUCUACGUGGUUCUCUGCAUCAGAAAGCGCGUUCAUCUGCAUCUAACCAGGACAAACGACGACGAAAAGGGAACGGCGGCGAGGCCUGAUGAAAGAAAGCGAGAAUGUAACAAUGCUUUUAGGUCUCAACUUUCUUUGCUACUCCAGCUUUUUCUACUCUUUUUGCAAAAUUCUUCACACUACAGAACGAUGUGGGGGGUCUCAAAAAGCUGAGCUACAUCUGCAGUAACAUGGCAGCUUCAUGGAUUCCUGCUCUUCUGCAGGAAACCACUCAGUAUUUAAAUUUCCGUCACAACUGUCGUGUAUGUUCAUGGGUAUAUUUUAAUGAAAACAGAAUAUGCAAAUGAGAAUUUGUAUUCAGUGAUAACCUAAAGAUCUGAUUGUUGAGGCCUUCUUCAUGGCUGUUGAUGUUUUUUUGCUUCACCAGCAGGGGGAGCUGAUGACUGUAGCCACUAUGAAAAACUUGGAGCCUAACGUUAGUCAGAGCCAUGUUGGUGAACUAACAUGUGCUCUGACAGCUGCCAUAUGUCUGCUCUUGUAUUAAAAAAAAAGGAAAGAAAAAUGUAAUUGAAUUUUAUCUAACCAAGUACUUAAACUAUAUAUUUUAUCAUUAUAUAACAUGGCUUUGUAUACUGUUAUAUGCCUUUUUUUUCAUAAACAUGUGUAAUCAUUCUACUGC